AUGAAACCAUUUCUUGAAGAAUUCUUUCCGUCGAUACUAAGAAAGUCUGCUAGAGCUGAAACAAACGCGUAUUGUGUGUAUGAUAAUCAGCUGUUUACACUAUUUACGUCCUCCCUUCAUCUGGCGGGAUUAAUAUCCUCUCUCUUGGCCAGUCGUGUCACCACCGCAUUGGGUCGGAGAAACACCAUGAUCUUUGGUGGUUGCAUCUUUUUUGCCGGUGGAGCCAUCAAUGGUGCUGCUCAAAAUAUUUUCAUGCUCAUCUUAGGUCGAAUCUUACUUGGCUUUGGGGUCGGUUUCACUAAUCAA